AUGCAUCCCGGGAAUCCAUUCACCAAUGCCCCGGCUCUGCCCAGGCCCAAAGGCCACCUCCAUUCGCGUUCCAUAUCACGCUCGCCGGCUCGCCAGCAUGCUCGUGACUUCGACCCGCUGUUGCGAGACCUUUCGCCUACCACCACGUUGCGAGCCUUCGUCUCCGAUCCAGAAGACAUGGGUGGCCAAGAGCCGGACGUGUUGAUGAGGACUGUACAGACUACGUCCAUUUCAGAACGAGCUUUGGGAGCAAAGGCAGCCCAAGCAUGCCUCGAUUUGCGGGCAUGGACCAGGGAGUUGGAGGACUGGCAGUGGUCGGGCACAUUCGAAGUCCCUGAACCAGCUCGAAAGAAGAUGCGCAUGUCAAACUUCGAACACAACAACACAUCUUCGGCAAACGGGGUCGACGCCGACGAGGAAUAUUGGGGCAGUCUUCCAGCAACGACCGUGCAAGAAUACGAGAGACGAGCAGAUGAAAUUGGGCACAGUCUGGACCAGAUCAAUGUCGAGGAGUUGAAGGACUACGUCUUGAGCUCGCACUACCGGGUCGAAUCAAGGCCACAAUCAAGAGACAGCAACUUUGGCGCAAACAGCACAACGACAGACAUGAAGAAAUUGGACGAUUACACAGCUGUCGUCACUGCGACGAUUCUACACGCUUUGCCCUUCCUUUCCAAACUUAAUCGGUUACUGGAUACUUGGACAAUCCGUUUGAUCAUCCUUCGCAGCGCUCCAAACUACCUGCGCGAUUUGAAGCAGGCGAGAACAGACCUAGACGAUGGAUGGGCAGCGCUAGCAGCGCCUUCUUCUGCCAUUUCGGAUGUCAGCCAGGAGAAGUUCGAUAGACAGACAAUGGAGGAGAUGAAAGAUACGCUAGAGGCACAGGUUAGUAGCCUGGGCGGCAAGCUCGAUCGAUUCCUGGACAAUCUGGAAGGACGAGAUGACUCCUUACCCGACACGUGGAUCGAUGACUUCGAGCUAUUAGAAUCUUCCUAUGGGGCUUGGGUGGUGCAAGCAGAGAGGAAGGUGCUCGAGCAUGAGUGGCGUGGGAGCAUUCAUCGAACAGAGCUUGAGGCUCGACCGCUUCGAUCAGAUGCAGAGGACCAGCGCCCUGCCACGAGAAAUCAAAUCUCGGAGCUCGAAGACGCUGCACUCGAUCAUGAUGCCGUUCGACGACUGUCUAUGCGAUCUACAGAUGCGGCUGGGUUUCUAGCUAGAUCCCAAGAGCUUCCAGCGGCAACGACUGGAGCACUUAAGCCUGGCAAUCAUGCAGUAGAGUCGUCCGCCGACAGUGGUCCAGCCGAGCUCGAUACACGCCCUGUUCCGGUUCUAAUAUCGAGCGACGUUGAACCUACUUCAGCUGUUGAAGGACAGGGCAUUGCACGAGUCCCGUCAUCAGGUUCCGUCUCUAAGGAAGAUGGAAUGGGCCAGGUCGCGAAGAGACGUGCACAGUUCUUGAACGACAUCGAACGAAACCAAUCAUUGAUGAAGACGUCCAAAAGCCCAGUGCGGCCAUUUGAGCACGCUAGUAACGCGUUCACACGGCUGUUCAAGAAAGAUCGAAGUCCUGAGCAGGUCAAGCCUAAGAGGACGACCAGCAACAAGUGGAGUUCGGGCACCAACGCGGACGACAGGUCUGUCUCCGCAGAACGAAAUCCGCUUUCGCCGGUCUCAGUUGCGAGCUCGAAGUUCAAUGCUACCAGCAUGGCGAGCUCUGUCCCGUCGGCGACAAGCUCAUCGAAGACAUCUCAAGUUGGCAGUCCUGAGACUGAUCAAUUGCCUGCGAAGCACGAUGGGUCAGUGUUUGACCAGUAUGACACCGGCGAGUCGCAUGAGGAGCCACCGUACUAUACGCAGGACCACUACCGCGAGAUCAACGAGAUCAUGCGAGAUGAACCUCAGCCGUCCAAUCUGUCAUCCCCUUUCCACUCUCCUGCUAAAGAGAGUGUACCAAAUAAUUGGCCUCUGGCGUCCCCUGCCGAUACCCCCCAAGAAGACAACAUGUUCGAGAAGCAGGACGUCUUGCCUUCGAACAGUUCUAGACACCGUGCAGACUCUGGACCUGAGGUCAAUAGCCCAGACCUCGCGCUCCUGAGUGACGAGUUCGACCGUAUUUUCAUUGAGUCUCUGCCCGCUGCACCAGAAGAGCGGCCGGGUUCCGCAAGAGCGCCUACGAGGACGACACCCUGGACGAACACUUAUCGACGACCAGCCUCGCUUCCUCGGAACGUUCGAAAGCACAUGCCGGAGAUGUCAAAGUACUCUGGAAGCUACCUGGACAUGGUAUCUGUCAAUAACCAGCGCACUGGAUCCUCUUCAGGUUUGCCGAAUGGUGCAAGCCGUUCAGAUGUUCCUGCAAUGUCCAGACCGUCUAGUAAAGACCAAGCGAAUGGAUCGACGCUGGAUCAUGGAGGCGUGGGCUCUGACGGCAGUGCCAUGGACACUUCUCGCUCCUUGAAGCUUACCAUUCCCGAGAAUGAGUCGAACGUGGACAGGCCUUCGGAGAAGAGACCACAAGCCGCCAAGCGAGCUUCAAUCGCAUCCAUUGAAGCCUUCCCUCGCUCUCAGCUGAAGACGAUUGAUGUUCCACGGCUAUCGCGACGUAGCAGCGCUUCUCCAGGAAUCACACCGCCCCAGACACCUCCACGGUCCCGAGAACCAUCGACCGCAGGGGGAGCAGACGCAGAUGAAGCUGGGCCCAUGUCGUAUAAAGGGAUGGUUGCCUUUCCAACACCUCCUCCACGUCGUGUCAGUGCCUCAAGUCGUGCCACGCCGCCGCCAGCUUUGGUUGGAAAAGAAUCUCCGACUGUUUUGCGCAGUCUCCCGCGCUCUAGUCCAGCCAAGAGCGACGUGAAUGGCUCUCCUCUGGGAGACGAGAAUACUUCCCCGUCCGCUCCACUUAACGUUGCUAUGGCCAAGCGACGUGGCAAGAGCACGUUACGAGUGGAGAAUUCGCCUUCGAGCCCGAUCUCUUCGCCUCAAAAGACAUCGCAUUCGCGGGUCGUGGAGGAAGAUACGUUCGAUCGUCACGUAUCAGAGGUUUUGGAGACUCUGCCUGGCCAAAUCCGAUUCGCUUCAAGGGCUGGUGCAGAGACUCCCUCACUUCGCCCCGCCUAUAACGGCCCACGACCGAAGAUCCAAUCUGGUCGUUCUUCUCGUGCCGCAGGUAUGACCAUUGCGCCUGCAGAAUCGUCUCCCAAGAAGACGAGUUCAGCCUCAGAACCAGAGGUUAAGCUAUACCACCUCACGACAUCUGGGCGAGACGAGCCCAUCAAACUUUUCGUUCGCCUUGUGGGAGAGGGUGAGCGAGUGAUGGUCCGUGUGGGCGGUGGCUGGGCAGACCUCGCAGAUUACCUUCGACAAUACGCAGAACACCACGGCAGCCGGACUGUCUCCGAAGGCAAUCUCGAGGUGCAGACCGUGACCAGCGCACCUGGAUCUCGCAAGGCUAGUGGCGCUGCUGAGAUGAACAGGGCAAAGUCACCGGUGCCCGGCCCUCUUGGGACCCCGCGACCAUCCAGCAAAGACAGCGAUAACGAGUGGUCGUUCCCUGUAUUGUCGAACGGACGAUCAACACCCAGCACAACAGGACGACAGACGCCGACGAUGGGAUCAACCCCAAAGUCAUCUUCCGGAAGCUCUCGCCCCUCGACCGCGAAUGUGUCCCGACCGCCUAGCAGGCAGAACACAGGAGAAGUCGGGCUGGCGGGUCCUUCCAGCGGCAAGAAGUCUGCUCUCCCUGAACAGAAAGCUAAAUGGGUUGAAGGCAUGAUCGAGCGUGCCAAGCAAGCAAGCGCAGAGAAGUCGAAAGAUGAGAAGCAGAAGUAUUUCGGGGAGCUGGGCAAGGCUGGAGGGACGAGACGGGUGAUUUUCCGGUCGAGUUCUGGGACGGGAGAGAAGCCGUCGAAGUGA